UACCAGCUGCUGGCCCAUUCCAAUCCUUGUCGGAGUGGAAACACGGGGGCCGACAGUCCUCUUUUUUUCUCCCUUCCCGUUUACCUCGUUGUGCUUUCUUUUAUUUCACCCCGCUUUACUCUCUUUCUCUCUUUUCCUCGGCAGAUAACUUUUCCUUUUCUCUCCCCUCCUUUCCGCUCCGUUUGAAGGUUUUAAAGCCCUGUCCAUAAGCUCUACUUAUUUAUUUAUUUAUUUAUUUUUAUCAAACGCAAUAGGCAGUUAUAUAUAUUAUAUAUUUUUUUUAGAUGUACCACAAAUGAGAAGACGCAAAAGAUGGAGCUGCACAUUUUAGAGCACAGUUUAAAAGUAGCAAGUAUAGCGAAAGAGGGAAUCCAGAUUUGCACUCACGGAUUAAUCAAACUAGCUUUUCUGCCAUCUAAAACAAGAUGUAAGUUCUUUAGUUUAACUGAAACUCCGGAGGAUUACACCAUCAUCGUGGAUGAAGAUGGCUUUAAAGAGCUGCCAGAGUCUGAAUAUCUCAGUGUGGCUGAUGCAACGUGGUUGGCUCUUAAUGUGGUGUCCGGGGGCGGGAGCGCCACCAGCUCUCAGCCAAUCGGAGUGACAAAGAUCGCGAAAUCAGUAAUCGCUCCAUUGGCAGACCAUAAUAUCUCGGUGUUUAUGCUCUCAACAUACCAGACUGACUUUAUAUUGGUUCGAGAGAGGGAUCUGCCCAUGGUCAUGCACACGCUGUCUUCAGAAUUCACUCUGCUGAGGGUUGUCAACGGAGAAACUGUUGCUGCCAACAGUACUGGGGUUACCAAUGGUUUUGUCAAGCCUAAACUAGUCCCUCGGCCAAUCAUUCACCCACUCUCGAGCCCCAGUAACAUGUUCUGCGUUACCAGCCUUGACCCCGACACGCUGCCCUCGGUGGCCACGCUGCUCAUGGACGUCAUGUUCUACUCGGGCGGGGCAAAAGAGACCGGGGGGCAGAGCGAGGAUUCUGGACACAUCCGUUUCUUCUCCUUCUCCCUGAUCGAGGGCUACGUCUCUCUAGUUAUGGAUGAGCAGACGACCCGGAGGUUUCCAAACAACGUCCUCUUCACCAGUGCAUCAGGAGAGCUUUGGAAAAUGGUCCGCAUCGGAGGACAACCCUUGGGGUUUGAUGAAUGUGGCAUUGUGGCUCAGAUAUCUGAACCGCUGGCGACCGCUGACAUUCCAGCCUAUUAUAUCAGUACCUUCAAGUUCGAUCAUGCUCUGGUUCCCGAGGAGAACAUCCAGAGCGUGAUCGGAGCCUUGAGGACCAAUGAGAGCACAGGACAGUGAGGUGAUUGGACAAAAGGGUCCCAUGUCCGUGAAAACAUUUAGAUUUCUUUUAAUUCUUAAAAGUGCCAAGAUCUUACCCGAGGACUGCUUCUGGGGGUGGUUAUGGGAGAAGGAUCUGAAGGGGAAUGGAUAAGUGAGGGGAGGGGAGGGGAGGGGGGGGGGCUCUAGUCUUGCAGUCAGUAUUGAAAGACAACAUCACUUCCUGUCCGUUUCCUGCAAAAAAGAAAACCCUUAAUCCCUGCCCAGCACCUCUACAGGGACCCUGCGAUUGUGUGUGAUUCCAGUGUUUUUCUCCUCCUCUUUCUCCCCCACCCACUCCUCCUCGCCAUUUUACCAUGGCAACAGGGCCUGGACUUCAAAUAGCAAAAUAACUAUUAUCUAUUAGUUGCAGGUACUCCUAAAGGACACAGAAUGUACUCCAAUGAAUCUCAAGAUUUAGUUUUAGUCCCCCCCCCCCACCCUCCCCCUUCCUGUUUUCCCUUGCAGUGCCAAGACACGGGACGUAAACAGGCUCCUCGUCUAAAACGUGAUGUUUUUCUGGAUGCAAUUUGAUGGUUCAGGGUAUUACUGUUUUGUUUUUUUACGUUCUGCAAAAUGUUCCAGUCACAAGUUAAGUCUUUGAAAGAGGCUUUUCAAGCUCGUUCGGAAAGUUUCCCGCAUUUGUUUCUUUUCCCCUCACCUCAAUCCUUAUAUUCACAUUUCAAUGCCAGGUGUCUGGGUAAUGAAUUAGUUGUUGGUGUUUUUGCCUUUUAAAGUACAAUCAAUGGGUAUUCUGUCCACCCAAUUGGAAACUAGGAUUCAGGUGAGGUGAAACCUUUCACAUGCACUUGUUCAGGUUAAACACACACACACACACAAUUACAUGAAUCGUGCAGUAUACUGUUUUUAAAAAAUUGGUCUAAUGAGGACAUUGUUUUUAUUUCCGCCCUGGAGUCGUUGCGCGCUUGCGAUCGCACAAAAUGCCUCUUUACCACUACUCGCUCUAUUGAGUAUUUUGAAGCUGUCUCUACAUCCACGGAGGAAAAGGUUGGGGGAAACCUGUCGUUUGUUGAAUGUUAGUUGAGGUCGGGUGUCGCAGACACUGGCGUUAGUUUAGGCCUUCAAGCUCCCCUUGUCUGCACUUUAUUUGAGGUCUAUCUUACAGAUCUUACUCUUCUGAUGUGAAAUACCGGGGAUGAGUAUCUUCCCUUUGAAGGAGUCUCUUUUAGAAGGGGUCACUUGUUGCUCUUUACACAUGGAUGGGUGUCUUUUUCCACAAGUUUUCCUUCUAUCAGCUAUGAAGCAGAAAUUUGCUUAACCAUACAUUUAUCAGUGUUAAGAAGGGGUGACCUGUUUGUUCUCUGACAAUUAAAGACGUGAAACAAUUUUUUUUUUCUUUCAGCUUAGUUUGUAUUUAGGUUUGAUUUUAUUCAAUUGUUACUCCUUGUUGUUUUUUUUUCCACUGUUUGAAUCAUGUUUUCUUAAGCGUACAGUGGGGGUUUACAUCAUGCGAAGCUAGACCAUGUGCCAAUUGCAGAUUUGUUGUCUAGUUUAUAAAGAGAUUUAGUCAUAUCUGUGAUUUACAAAUGAUUUCUGUGGGAUGAUAUCUGCUGAAGCUAUUUUUAACUACCCAUACAAAUGAUUGAUUUGGAGAUUUGAUUAAACCAGCUCAGACACCAGAAAAGGUCAUGAAUUGAUUACUUGUUUUACCUUGAUGAUUUCUUUUUUCUGUCCCGACACAAAGUGUAGGUCAGAAAAUGUUCCUUUAUACUUGCACAUUAAAGAGGGUGACUUUCAACUA